CGUCGACAGCAUCGAAUCGUUUGUAUUAUUGCUUUUAGCAGUAAUCGAGCGGAUGCUCGCAAGAUGGUACCAAAAUCUGGACACGAAGUUGUGACCGCCGAUCAGGAUGACGAGUCGAUCAGCACCCAAAAGGAAAGCAAGGAAGGUGUAAGGGACUCGAUGGUUGUUCGAUGGCUAAAUAAACAAGUCGACAAAAUGGAUAAGCAUUGGACACGAUUACCGAGUUUCGCUGGAUCAGCCGCUGCCACCUGUGCUAUUUUCUUGUUAGGACUCUGUUACCGAGGUGAGUGGAUGCUGAUCUUUGUGCACUUCGCCCGGCGUUUCGGCUACGGCGGUACGCCAAAGUCGGUGAGCAUCGCGUUGAGCAAUGACACCGACAUGUCAAGAUCAAUGAAAUAUGGCUGGGAGCUUCUACUGUCGGAGGCGCCAUAUCUCAGGCACUUUUCCAUGGCGUGGAUGGUUUCACUCAUCAUUUCCUACAGUAUAUACUUUAGCAUCUGCAGCUUCUUUCACUGGUACUAUUACGUUCGACAACGUGAUAAAGCUGAGGAAUGGAAAUGCCAGCCCUAUAAGUGGCUUUCACCAAAACUUGAGAAACAUGAAAUAAUUUUGGGUAUAUUUAGUCUAUUUUGUACCAAUACGUUCACAGCUGCUUUUGCUACUUACGUAUUAUAUGGUGGUCCCAGCAUGAUUUAUUUCGGAUAUGAUGAAUAUACUUUGUUAUGGUGGUUUCUGCAAUGGCCGAUUAUGUAUAUAAUAUUGGAUUACGAGACUUAUUGGUUUCAUCGACUUUAUCACAGACCGACAUUAUACAAGAUGUUCCACAAACUGCACCACACAUAUAAGCAGCCAACUGCAUGGUCUGUGACUGCCAUUCAUCCCAUUGAGAUUAUGCACAUGCAGCUGUGUUAUCUCGUGCCGCUCUUCAUCAUGCCUUCGCAUUUGAUUCCUUACUGUACAAUUAUGAUUUAUAAUUUCUACCACGGCCUAAUCGAUCACUCGGGAAUAAAUUUUAAAGCUCAAUGGUGGCAGCCUUGGCAACCCGAUGCAUCCUUUCACGAUAAUCAUCAUCAGUACACACAUGUAAACUUUGGAUUUAAUAUGUUCUAUUGGGAUAAGUUGCAUGGUACAUAUAGACUGAAAGAUCGUAUCUAUAAUGAAAAUACAUUCUUUGGCAAAGGGAAAAAGCUUUCAGAAGCAACGAAAGAAGAACUUGCCGCUGAUUUUCAAGAGCGUAAUUCAGAAAAUGUAGAUAAUAAAGUAAUUUAUUGUUUGAGAAAGAAUUCAAUUACCAAUACUAAAACUGAUUAGAAAUUAAUUGUUUUAUAUAUGUAUAUUGGAAUCGGGUUAUUUA